AUGGACGAGAUGACGCUCAAUGAGUUGGAGGAUAUGGAAGAUGUUCUUGCGAUGAGUUGGAAUGGCCAGAACUUUGCCCGUGGCCGCCUUCUGCCCACAGUGUGCUCGCAAGUUUCGGCCUUCAUUGGCUUCUUGACGACCCUUUUUUGCAUUGUGAUCAAAGCCGGAGCUGCCGGGGUCUUGGUCGGUGAUAGCCAUAAGGUGUUGCUGGGUUGGUGUUGCUGGGCGAAGUGUUCCAUGUUAGGUACCACUCGGGCCGCCAUCUCGAACCUUGGCCAUAUCAAGACAUCUGAGAUGAUGAAGAACCUCAAGGUCUGCUCCAGUUUGGCCCUCGUUCUGUUGGUUGGUAUCCGUGUCUUCCAUCAGGGACUCUGGUAG